GGGCAGUUCAGUGCGAGCCCAGAGGGUCAGACCCCGAGUGGCGUGGCAGCGCGGCGCCGGGCUGAGCGGGCGGGCGGGCGCGGGGCGCGGACGGUGGGCUCGCGGACGGGCGGCAGGAUGUUCAGCUGGAUGGGGCGGCAGGCGGGCGGGCGCGAGCGCUCGGGCGGCGCGGACGCCGUGCAGACGGUGACGGGCGGCCUGCGUUCGCUGUACCUGCGCAAGGUGCUGCCGCUGGAGGAGGCGUACCGCUUCCACGAGUUCCACUCGCCCGCGCUGGAGGACGCCGACUUCGACAACAAGCCCAUGAUCCUUCUGGUGGGCCAGUACAGCACGGGCAAGACCACCUUCAUCAGAUACUUACUGGAGCAAGAUUUCCCUGGCAUGAGGAUUGGUCCGGAGCCCACCACCGACUCCUUCAUCGCUGUGAUGUACGGGGAGAACGAGGGCAGCACCCCAGGGAACGCUUUAGUUGUGGACCCCAAGAAGCCAUUUCGAAAGCUCGGUCGCUUUGGAAAUGCUUUCCUGAAUCGAUUCAUGUGCUCCCAGCUGCCCAAUCAGGUCCUGAAGAGCAUCAGCAUCAUCGACAGCCCGGGCAUCCUGUCCGGGGAGAAGCAGCGCAUCAGCCGAGGGUACGACUUCUGCCAGGUCCUGCAGUGGUUCGCCGAGCGGGUCGACAGGAUCAUCUUGCUCUUUGACGCCCACAAACUGGACAUCUCGGACGAGUUCUCGGAGGCCAUCAAGGCCUUCCGGGGCCAGGACGACAAGAUCCGCGUGGUGCUGAACAAGGCCGACCAGGUGGACACGCAGCAGCUGAUGCGCGUGUACGGCGCCCUCAUGUGGUCCCUGGGCAAAGUCAUCAACACGCCCGAGGUGCUGCGCGUCUACAUCGGCUCCUUCUGGGCGCAGCCCCUGCAGAACACUGACAACCGCCGGCUCUUCGAGGCCGAGGCCCAGGACCUCUUCAGAGACAUCCAGAGCCUCCCCCAGAAGGCAGCGGUGCGCAAGCUCAACGACCUCAUCAAGCGAGCGAGGCUGGCCAAGGUACACGCCUACAUCAUCAGCCACCUGAAAAAGGAGAUGCCCAGUGUUUUUGGAAAGGAAAACAAGAAAAGAGAGCUGAUCGACAGGUUGCCAGAAAUCUACAUUCAGCUGCAGCGAGAAUACCAGAUUUCUGCGGGGGACUUCCCGGAGGUCAAGGCAAUGCAGGAACAGCUGGAGAACUACGAUUUCACCAAAUUCCACUCGCUGAAGCCCAAGCUGAUCGAGGCCGUGGACAACAUGCUGACCAGCAAGAUCUCGUCCCUGAUGAGCCUCAUCAGCCAGGAGGAGCUGAACGCGCCCAUGCAGCUCGUGCAGGGCGGCGCCUUCGACGGCACCUCCGAGGGCCCCUUCAACCAGGGCUACGGGGAGGGCGCCAAGGAGGGCGCCGACGAGGAGGAGUGGGUGGUGGCCAAAGACAAGCCCGUCUACGACGAGCUCUUCUACGCCCUGUCGCCCAUCAAUGGCAAGAUCUCCGGCGUCAACGCCAAGAAGGAGAUGGUGACCUCCAAGCUGCCCAACAGCGUCCUGGGCAAGAUCUGGAAGCUGGCCGACUGUGACUGCGACGGCAUGCUGGACGAGGAGGAGUUCGCGCUGGCCAAGCACCUCAUCAAGAUCAAGCUGGACGGCUACGAGCUGCCCAGCAGCCUGCCUCCCCACCUGGUGCCCCCCUCUCACAGGAAGUCCUUUCAGAAGGCUGACUGAGGGGUGGGCCACCCACAGGGCAGGCAGUGCGGGGUGGGGCUCCGGGGACGGGGGCCUGAGGUCCUUGCUGCCACUGACUCGCUGAGUGACCCCGGGAAAGGCACUGCUCUCUCUGUGCCUCAGUUUCCCCAUCUGUAAAAUGGGGAGGGCAGACACUGGACACUCGACGCCGGUCCUUUCACCUCUAAAAUUCCCUGCAUUUUUAUUAAAAUACCGGGGGGAGGUGGGUAAGGAGAUUGUAACGGUGGAAAGGAAACAGAAAUUGACCAAAGAGUACUCAGAAUCCGGGAGAGACGUAAGUGUGGGGGUGGGCUUGCUGGAGCCCCGGGAGCUUGGGGUGCGAGCUGGGGCUUCCCUGGACCACUCAUCAUCAUAAACCUGUUUGCCCUGAGGGAGCAAAGAUCUUAUUUAUUUGUUUCCUGCUAUAUUUAGAGUCAGGGGAGGGGGGGAGGGCAGAGAGGGUUUCUGUUCUCUCUAAACCGUCUACCAAAGAGAAGGCGGCCGCUGCCCGCCGUGUGACAGGAGGGUGUAGGGCCUGUCUGUGCUGUGCCUUCCACAGGCCCGAGCACAACAGGCAGCGACGGCGUCUGUCCCAGCGCCACGCUCACUGUCCUCCCAGCACCCACCCCCAGGCCUUCCCUGCCAAGUUGUAUUUGGUUAGGAACUUGGAAUUAGAAAUUAAUUAAUAAUUCGUUUUAUUGGCCCCAGCAAGAUUUCUAGAAUUCAUUUCAAAUCAUGUUGGAGCCUAAAGAUUAGCUUUUCUUACUGGUCUGUCCAAUAGUUUGUAGCAAAGUCUGUUUAUCGUAACCGGCAGUGAGGAAAAGAGGUGUCACUUAGCCUUGUCACCCGCCCCCAGGGCUCCUGGGUCACCGGCAGGAUUUAAAUUCACAAAUCGUGUCUCAGUGAGCACGGUGUCCUGGGCCUGCGCACACGGAAUGAGAAGCCAGCCUGCCCGCUGUCAGGGAGAAGAGAUCGGUCUACUAGCCUUAGACACUAUUUUUAUGUUUUUUUUAAAAAGGCCUUUUUAUUAUGUCUAGUUUUUUUUUUUCUUCUUAUAAGAUAAAAGCCUUUAUACAGAAACAGGAUGGAACCUUUCAUAUAAAGCCUUUUCUUCAAAAAGCCGUGUGGCUCGUAUCAUGAAUGCCCACCACGAGGCAGGACUUGGGCAGGCCCGUACAUAGCGGCUCCCUGAGGGUCUCUCCCAGGUCCCCCACGUCAGCCCCUCUGGACCGUGCACUCAGGCCCUGUGUCAGGUGGAGCUGUUAACGCCCGCUGCCACCCUCCCUGUGAUGUGGGCGCUGGCUUGGGCACAGGUGCCUUUCACCAUGACUUAGGCAGUAAAAGAGAGAGACGCGAAGUAAUGAUGGCGUGGCCACGUGGCAUGGGGCCCUCCCAGCAGCAGAAAUGCGUGAAAUCAGAACAGCCCCACCUGAGCCUUCCAAGAGCCACGUUGUUUUUCUGAUGUUACCUGUGACGUCAGGGCCAGACCUGCAGCUUAAGAGAAAUGUUUCACUUUAGAGAAGCAUGCAUCCAGAUGCCAGCCCUCACACUCCCUAGCUUGCUGUCUAAAUAAUUUUGUUUUCAGAGAAAUAAAUGCAUAGCGUGGUUUUUAUUCUUACUGAGCACUUUUAAAUUAAUUAGACACAGAACAGGGACGGCUAUGAUCCCUGCUGUAUUAUGAGCAGAGCUCUGUCAAUGCCUGGGGACUGCACGUGUGUAGCACAGUGGCGUCCACCGAAGGGCAGGACUGAGAAGAGAGAGUUCAAUCGUCCAUAGGUUCAGCCGAUCCUCCUUUCAGAAUUAUCUUGCUUCUUUAACUACUGAAUUGUCAUAUAUAAAGAUAAAUAUAUACACAUCUAUGUCACAUAAAUAUGUAUUUUUGACACUUGUGAAUGUGUACAUAUGUAGAUGUGGCCAAGGGUUGUGUAUGUAGAGACAUGUAAGAAAACUGUUUUAGGGAGCCAAUGGACAGGUUUCUGGUUUCUGUGUGGACGGAAACGGGUGGUAUUGUGACCCCUACCCCAUGCCCUCAGGGGGAGAGCAUCGGACAGCUGAAUCCUUUCCCUGCUGAGGAAAAAGAAAGGGG